ACCCAGGGCGGGGACACUCGGCGAGUCACGGGAGGGGACGAACAUCCCCUGAGCACCAACCCCGCCGCCCCAAAAAAACCCAUCUGCGGGAUCUAAAGCGCUGCUCCCAGGACAUGCCCAGCGCCCCGCGCAGGGGGAAGGAGCCGUGAGAGGGGCAGGAUCUGCUCCCGGGAGCACCCAAAACCCGCCGUCGCGCAAGAAGAUCCAACCAAGACCAUCCCACGAGCACUAUGAGGACUCCUGCCAGCAGCUCCACUCUUUGGUGCUCCACAGCCACCCCCCCAGCUCCCGCUGCUCUGGCCCUUUUCCUGGCGUUGCUCCUCUCCGGCGCUCGCAGCCAGACCCCCCGGGCUCUCCAGGAGAGCGCCGUGCCCUCGGGGGUGCUCAGCCAGGAGCAGGCCUACAGCCUGGUGCAGCCCAGCCUCUUCCAGGACGCCCAGGGGUCCAACCUGUCGGGGAGCCUCCCCGGGAGCAGCAGCUCGGAGCCGCCGCUGCUGCCCGUGUGCGUGAAGCCCGCGGACAUCCGGCACGUCUUCAAGUACAUCAACACCAUCGUGUCCUGCACCAUCUUCGUCGUGGGCAUCAUCGGCAACUCCACCCUCCUGAGGAUCAUCUACAAGAACAAGUGCAUGAGGAACGGGCCCAACGUGCUCAUCGCCAGCCUGGCCCUGGGGGACCUGCUCUACAUCCUCAUCGCGCUGCCCAUCAACGUCUACAAGCUCUUGGCAAAGGACUGGCCCUUCGGAGUGCAGGUGUGCAAGCUGGUUCCCUUCAUCCAGAAAGCCUCCGUGGGCAUCACGGUCCUGAGCCUUUGUGCCCUCAGCAUCGACAGGUACCGAGCCGUGGCGUCCUGGAGCCGGAUCCAGGGCAUAGGGAUCCCCAUGUGGAAGGCGGUGGAGGUGGUGCUGAUCUGGGCAGUGGCCAUCGUGCUGGCAGUGCCCGAGGCCAUCGCCUUCGACAUGGUGGAGCUCAGCUACUGGGAGCAGCACCUGUGGGUGUGCAUGUUGGCCUCGGAGCAGAAAUCCCGCUUCAUGAUGUUCUACCGGGACGUGAAGGACUGGUGGCUUUUCGGCUUCUAUUUCUGCCUGCCCUUGGUGUGCACUGGCAUCUUCUACACCCUCAUGUCCUGUGAGAUGCUGAGCAAGAGGAACGGCAUGAGAAUUGCCCUGAAUGACCACAUGAAACGGCGCCGGGAGGUGGCCAAGACCGUGUUCUGCCUGGUGGUGAUCUUCGCGCUCUGCUGGCUGCCCCUCCACCUCAGCCGCAUCCUCAAGAAGACCAUCUACGACCAGACGGACCCCAACAGAUGUGAACUGCUCAGCUUCCUCCUGGUGAUGGAUUAUUUUGGGAUCAACAUGGCCUCCCUCAACUCCUGCAUCAACCCCGUGGCUCUCUACUUUGUCAGCAGGAAAUUCAAGAACUGCUUCCAGUCCUGCCUGUGCUGCUGGUGCCAGAGGCCUGCCCUGAGCAUCACCCCCACGGAUGAGAAGGGAUCAGUUGGGAAGUGGAAAGCCACGGGGCAGGAGCUGGGGCUGGACCGGAGCAGCUCCCGCCUGAGUAACAAGUACAGCUCCUCCUAAAUCCCCAUCCCCUCGGGGUCAAGGACAAGGCACAGGGCCAGGACAGCAGGACCCCUCUGCUCCUCUCCCAUGGCUCCUCCCUGGCUGGGCCCGAAUCAUCUUUGCCUUUACGUUGUAACCCACCUGGCAGGAGCUGCAGCACUCCAUGGCCCCCCAGGCCCAGCUCUGGGCCCGGGCUCUGCCCCCACCCUGAGGGAGGGGGAAGGGCAUUCACAUCCUUACGGGAUUCUUCAUUUCCUUGCAGGAAAACCAAGUGACUUCUGGCCAUUUGUCUGGGGGUGGAACGUGGGGCUGGGGGGGGAGAUGUGCAUGGAAAAGGGAAGGAAAGUUGGGAUGUGGUCGCUUGGAGAUGGAUGUGGGAUGAGGAGGGGAGGGAGAGGACCAUGAGUGACAAUUCCCAGCUGAAAGAGCAAAAAAAAAGAGCUUUGGUUGCUGGGCCUGGAGUCGGGAUGAGAUCCAGGGAUGGCUGGCAAAGCACCAGUGGUGGGAACCCUCCUCCUGCUUGUGGUGGGACAGUCACUCGGCCUCACUGUGUCACCAACCUGCCCCAGGGAGCCCUGAAAGCCCCCUUCUCUUCCCCUUUUCCUGGGAAUCCUGCCCCAGACUCCUGAGCCGGGGGGGGGGAGGUGAGUGGCACACGCAGGUGACCGCGUGUGACCGCAGGGUUUGGGGUCCAGGAGUCCCCAGGUGUCACUGGGGGGAACAUCCAGCCAAGCCAUCGGGUCCAGCUUCCCCUUCCCAGGGCCAAGGGAGCGCCAGGAUGGCUGGGGAAUGCUGUUCCUUCCAGGGAAGAGUUGGGAGGCCCAGGAAAGGGAAGGCAGAUACGGCUCCAAUCCAGGUGAGGCCGAUCCCAAGGAUCCAGCCCUCACCUUUCCAACCCCCCUGGAAGCACCUAACGCUCUGCUGGGCAGGUGGCAAGGGAGAGGAUCCAGGUGUGCCCCUCCAGGAAAGCAUCCAGCCUCAAUCCAGGCUCCUCAGCAGCUGGAAUGUCCUUCAGCCCACAGCUCCUGGGAGGGGGAUCACCCGAUCCAAAGGGGAAAAGGGGUGCCCUGGAUUUUGAUGCCUGGAGUUGGUGUUCCCUCUGCCGUGUCCUGGCCAAGGGACACCAAGUUCCAGGGCAUCUGGGAGGGGACAGAGACGUCCUCGUGGUCAACUGAAGGUGGCAAAGGCAGCGGGGAAGGUCCAAUCUCAGCUGAAAGAGCCUCUGGAACGAACCAAAACAUGGCAAAGAGCUUCCCCAAAUUCCCUCCCGACAAUAUCAAUCCCCUGAGUGAUUUUCCAGCAAUUUUCGACUGGACAGAGCUUGGAGCAACCUGGUCUGAUGGAAGGUGUCAGAGAUGAUCUAUAAGAUCCCCUCCAACCCAAAGCAAUCCAUGAUUCCAUGUUUAUUCUAACAACCUCUUGCCAAAAGUGUAAGAAAAUCUACAUGAAAAAGUUUCAGUUACCAAGUCUUUGAUGAUUUUCUGUUGGUUUUCCUUUCUUUAUUAUCCCUCUUUUUAUUUCUUUCCCCUUUUCACCUUGCCAUAGGAAAAAAAAAGUGGAGAGAGGAAAACAGGAGAAAAGACUUGCAAUUAAAACGUUUUCCAGGUGUUGGGGUUUUUUUUAGCUGCAAAUGUUUCACAAACAAGUCAUAUUUCUGAAAGACAAAUGGGUUUCAAGGCAAGCAGAAACUGAGGAAUAGGUAGACCUGCCUUUUUCCAUACAUUUCCCAACCUACUGGAGUAAUUUCUGUCUGUGUUGCAGUGCUGCUGUUGGGCUCUGGCUGCAUUUGUCAGUGGAAAAAUGAAGUCAAAAGAGAAAAUUGAUAAAGACUGGGAUGUUCCAGCUCAGACACCUUAGUGAAAGGGUAUUUUUAAAUGAUUCUGCUUAUAAAAAGAUCAGAAUUCUGUGUAUUUCUGCAUUUGUCCACAUUUCCAGGCAAAUGGAGUCUGUGAUUUCAACUCCCACUGUUAGGUGGGACCACGCUGGCAUGGGCAGGAUGGAUCCCUGGCAGCAAUCCCACAGGAAAAGGAGCUGCAUUAGGAAACCCAAGGUUCAGCUGGCCCCUUGGCACAACCCCAGCACAAACCUGCCAGCAAGACCCACUUUGCCAGUUCCUGUUUGACGGAGUGAUUUUAUAGAGAAAACCUGACCUUUCCCUUCCUGCCUCUCCCUCCUCCAUAUGUUCCUAAUAAACCAGGGUGGUGUUUGAAAGGAAAACCUCUGGUACUGAGCAGCAGGGGGGCUGCAAAGUCUCUUAAAUACUUCCUUGAGUGGCAGCAGGUUCCUUUGGGAUGAGCCUUGUCCCUCCUCCACGUGCUGAGCAACCCAGAAAGGUUCCCAAGCCCUCAAAGCCCUGUGAUUUCACACCCCAUUACACCCUCUAAAGCUUGAUUUGAGCCCCUUGGCUCCCUGAGGGCUCAGACUUGUUCUGUGCACCUGAUUCUGCACCUCUGACCUGGAAAUCCUGGGAAGAAAACAGCAAAAACACUUGGAGAGGGGAAGAAAUAUGAUGGGAGAGUGACAGAACUGCCUUCUCUCCAUCAUUUUUAUCAGGGUGUGUAGAGACAGGACAAGGGGGAAUGGCUUCAUACUGACAGGGCAGGGUUUGGUGGGAUACUGGGAAGGAAUUCUUCCCUGGGAGGGGGGUGAGGCCCUGGCACAGGUUGCCCAGAGAAGCUGUGGCUGCCCCUGAAUCCCUGGAAGUGUCCAAGGCCAGGCUGGAUGGGGCUUGGAGCAACCUGGGCUAGUGGGAGGUGUCCCAUGGCAGGGGGGGGAACUGGAUGAGCUUUAAGAUCCCUUCCAACCCAAGCCAUUCCAUGAUUCUGUGGCUUUCCACACCUGUGCUGAGCAGAAUUCAGUGUCACCUCUGCAGCAUCUAAAUUAAUAAGCUUUAUUCAUAGAGAAAACACAGCUUGCAUCAAAGCUGUGAAAGAAACAACCAAAAAGAACCAGCUUGGACCCAGGGAAUUCAACACACGGACAUCACACA